AGUAGCGUUCAUUACAGCCAGAUCGAAAGUGUCUCCCAAAAAGCAGCAGUCCAUCCCCCGUCUAGAACUUUGUGCAUCUCUUACCGGUGCUCAACUUGCCAGAGUUGUUAAAACUGAGUUUACCUUACCCAUUCAGCACAUUACUUUAUGGACUGACUCGCCCACAGUCUUGACUUGGCUUAAGUCAGAGUCUUGUCGGUUCAAGGUCUUCGUCGGUACCCGUGUGGCAGAGAUUCAGGACCUCACGGAUCAACAUACUUGGAGGUUUGUACCAUCUUCUGAAAACCCAGCAGAUGACAUAACACGGGGGCAGACACUUCAUGAGCUUUGACCAGACAGCCGUUUUCAUCAGGGACCUUCAUUUUUAAAGGAUCCUCCGAGUUCAUGGCCUGUGAUACCACUACACCCUGUCGAUAUGGAUGGAGAGGAGAUGCGUAAAACUGGUUUGUGCACACUGUCAUGCCUGGUAAUCAGCACAUCAAUUCCUUAUCUUGAUUGUUCUAAGACAUUCCAAGAGUUGAUAGAGGCCACGGCCUCUCAUGGGGCGGCUAGUGCUAGCCUAACAGACAAUGACUACAGAAGGGCCGAGGUCACGGUUUUACAACUAUGUCAGGAAGAGUCUUUUCCCUCAGAUCUUGAACAGUUAAAGGCUGGUAAACCUCUCGCUCACAACAGUCGCUUGAAUGCUCUAGCACCUGAACUUGACAGUGAGAUCCAGCUAUUUCGAGUUGGGGGCCGCCUACGUCACAGUUCAUACCUUGAGCAAGACAGCAUGCACCCCAUUGUUCUCGAUCCAAAACAUCCAGUCACACUGCUUAUCAUACAAGCUUAUGACACCAAACUCUACCACCCAGGAUAUGAGAGAGUGUUCGCUGAACUGCGUAGGAAUUAUUGGAUUCUCCGUGGUAGGGAAGCUGUUAAACGGUGUCAACGAAACUGUGUUGAGUGCCAAAAGUUGAGAAAGAAUCCAGAAAUCCCUAAGAUGGCAGACCUUCCUCAAGCCAGAUUACGCUUAUUCAGGCCUGCAUUCUAUUCGACAGGUAUGGACUGCUUUGGCCCUUAUGCUGUCAAGGUUGGUAGGAGGACUGAAAAGAAAUGGGGAAUCUUGUUUAAGUGCCUAACCACUCGAGCAGUGUACAUUGACCUUUUGCAUAGUCUGGACACAGACUCUUUCCUUAUGGCUCUUAGACGCUUUAUGGCCAGACGCGGAAACCCAUUUGAACUUAUUUCAGAUCAGGGCACCAACUUUAAAGGGGGAGAAAGAGAACUCAGAGAAACAUUUGCUGCUCUUGCCCCUGAACUGCAUGAACAGUUGGCCAAAAAACAGAUCCGAUUCCAGUUCAACCCCCCAAAUGCUCCCCAUUUUGGAGGCUGUUGGGAACGAGAAAUUCGUUCUCUCAAGCAAGCACUGACAGCAACCAUAGGAGCACAGUCAGUUACUUUUGAAGUGCUGCAAACAGUAUUAGUAGAGAUUGAGGGGAUUCUAAAUGCCAAACCGUUGGGGUAUACUUCAUCUGACAUUGCCGACCCCGACCCUAUUACUCCAAACUCUCUCCUCAUGGGGCGGCCGGAUGCCUCCCUGCCUUCAGUAGUAUAUCCAGAGUCUGAGCUCAUAAGCAGGCGCAGAUGGCGGCACAGCCAAGUCCUCGCAGACCACUUCUGGAAGCACUUUCUAAGGUUCUAUCUUCCCGGCCUACAAACGCGUCAGAAGUGGCAAAAGGACACAGCAAAUACUCAAGUUGGCACAACAGUGAUGAUUAUUGACCCACAGUUGCCUAGAGCACUCUGGCCAGUGGGACGGGUGUCAGAAGUUUUCACUGGGACUGACGGCAGAGUGAGAACUGCAAAUAUUAAGGUGGGCACAAAGACAUACACACGUCCCAUAGCACGCCUUAUACAAUUGCCUAAUAUUCCUGAGUAAUGUACUAUACAUUUAUCAUUAGAGGCUUUUUCAGUGAAUUAAACAUAUUCCCUUCCGGGAAUCUGGGGGCGGCUGUUAAAAAGGCUGUUAAUUGUUAUAUAGUUAUUAUGGCAGUUCGCUAAUAAGAUCUCUUUUCUUGCCGAGAUUGACGUACAACAUCCAGCACAGCAGCCAAUCAACACCGCGAUCUAUGUGCAGGCGAGCAUCCCGCCCACAGAGCUCAGUGUUGAGUUGAGCCAGAUCGCUACAGACUCUAACUUUUUGCUGUUGCUUUAAGGACAAUUCUUUCAUAUUAUGGGUGUUUGUGCGUAAAUGCAAAAAAGACCACAUAUAUACACGUGUAUGGAUGCUCAUCCAAAGCUUGAGUUGUGUGGUGACAAUUAAACGGGUUACUCCCAAAUAAGACAUCAAUCGACUAAGUCUCUUACCAGACACCCUGUGGUGGGUUUCAAUUAAACCAGAUAUUAUUCUAAAAGUGAACAUCUAU